AUGAGGUCUGCUGUCAUUCUCGCCCUUUCGGGAUCUUCCCUUGCUCUGCCCUUUGGCGGUGCCAUGAACUCCAUGUUUGGUGCUAAGGAGGCCCGUGAGGCUCAGGCUCCUCAACCAGAGAACAUGCCCAACUUCCCAGGUGCUGGUUUCCCAGCUCCUACUGGAACUGGUGUACCUUCUUUCCCUAUGCCCACUGGAGGUUUCCCUGGAUUCCCUGGAGGUCAGCCCGGUGGUCAACACGGAGGCCAACACGGAGGCCAACACGGAGGUCAGAACGGUGGUCAUAACGGUGGUCAGAACGGUGGUCAGAACGGUGGAGGUUUCCCCGGUUUCCCUGGAGGUCAACAUGGAGGCCAACACGGAGGCCAGAACGGAGGCCAGAACGGAGGCCAGAACGGUGGCCAGAACGGUGGCCAGAACGGUGGUCAGAACGGUGGUCAGAACGGUGGGGGUUUCCCUGGCUUCCAAGGAGGCAAGCCCCCAACCGUAAAGAGGCUCGCAGUCAACUACGGCCUUGCUCCCACCCUACACAAGAGAGGAGAGGCCGCUACUCCUGCUCUGCCAGAAUUUCAACUCUUUUCCAAGGACGCUGGUGCUGCACCAGCUACCGGCUCUCCUGCUGAAGGUGGCUCUCCAUAUGGCGACGAGCCUGCUGGAGGUUCCCCAACUGAUGGUGCUCCUGCCGACGGUGCUCCUACGGGUGGUACUCCUGAGGCCGGUGCUCCCGGUGCCGGUGCUCCUACUGAAGGUGCCCCAGAAUCUGGUGCUCCUGAUGCCGGUGCUCCCACCGAUGGCGCUCCUGAGUCUGGCUCUCCUGAGUCUGGCUCUCCUGAGUCUGGCUCUCCUGAAUCCGGUGCUCCUGAAUAUGGUACUCCCACCGAAGGCGCUCCAGGUGCGGGUGCCCCCGGUGCAGGAACUCCCCCCUUCCCCAUGCCCAGCGGCGCUCGCCCUCCCUUUCCCAUGCCCACUGGCGGUCUUCCCUCCUUUCCCAUGCCCACCGGUGGUUUCCCCGGCGGCCCAGGUGGAUCAAGCGGACCAGGUGGAUCAGGCGGUGAAGCUCCCUACUCCGGCGCUCCCAGCGGUCCUGGAGGCGACAGUGAGGACGGUAAGCCUGGCGCCGGUGGCUUUUUCGACUGGCUCAGCGGUCUCUUGGGCAAGGGCAAGGGCGAGGGUGCCGGAAAAGGCGAUGGCGAGUCCAAGGGCGACUACUAA